AUGGAUUGCUUUGAAGAUGCAGAACUUGCCAUCGAAACCCAUAUCAAUAAUCGUGGCCCUUCAGAACCUGUUCAUCCCGCCAGCAAAGAUGGUUCGCCUAAUAGUGCAGCAACGGCUCCAAUACCUCAUAUGGCACGCCUGCUACGAGCCGACGACGGCAAGUUCAUCUUUAUUGGCGAUUCUUCCAAUUUGUCGCUCUUGCAGAAUAUUCGAAAACUCGUGGAGAUCGCUGUUGGUCCUUGCAGAUUCACCAGCGAUCCAAAGCGAUACAUCAUGGUCGAGACCGUCCCUACUGAACAUCAAAGUUACGAGCAAAGAUUUCCGCGAGUACCGGCCGACAAACCAGAGAUGGACGAGACCAGAAGACUUGUUGAUCAUUUUCUGUGGGCCACACAUGGUAUCCUGGAUGUACUCAUGGAGCAUGAACAACAUGAACAACUACUCCACUGGCAAGGCGUUGUCGAAAAAGACUUCAAUAACCCUUUGAGCGCCAAAUACUUUCUCAUUCUUGCCAUCGGAGCCCAAGUAGGCUUGCAAGAGCGAGACACUAUCGCCGAAUCGUAUUUCAACACUGGCCGCUGUCUGACUGCUAUCCACCAUAACGAUUGCCCGUCUCUCGCCGCCGUUCAUUGUCACCUUCUCAUCGUCUGGUACUUGCUGGGGGCGGGUCGACGGAAUGCAGCAUACACGAGCUUUGGAAUUGCUGUUCAAGCCGCGUUCGCCAUUGGGCUGCACCUUCGAGAGGUGUCAGAUCUGUUCAAAUUGGAAGAGUGUACCAGCCGCGAGCAUGGCUGGAGGAGUAUUCGAGUACUGGACCUGUUUCUGGCGAGUUCUCUUGGUCGUCCAGCUUUGACGUCGGAAAGCCGUCGAGCGGGAGACGACCACCACUCCGCAGCACUUGACAUUUGCAACAUCCUCGAAAAUGUGCUCAAACAGGUAUACACGAGAAGAGCGGUCUCAUCCGAAACGGUGGCGGACAUCUCGAGCCAGAUUCGCAAGUACGUAUCAAGGCUAGCUGAGGGCAUCACAACCGACGGGAUUCCGGCGCUGGAGUUCCUGGAAGAACGAAAUCAACUUAAUGUCGGUCUGGUUUAUAUCCGAGACGGGUUCCACAUCAACGUCAUGCUUCUCACGCGACCAUUCCUUCUCGAGGCGGCUACGGCAUGUGUGAAAGCAGAUCAGGCAUCGAACAACUACACUACAUCUGGACAGACAGUGUCCGACCCCAACCAAGUUCUUGUCUUAGCAUGUGUCGACUCAGCUAUUCAGAUUGUAGAACCUCUUAGACUGGUUUGCAAUCGGGAGCCGUUUCCAAAAAGACUACCUCUAGUGGUAAACUCGGUCUUCCUUGCAGCAAUGGUUCUUGGACUGGCAUUCUUUGCUAACUUGGACCGCACGAUUCCAUUGGAUCGUCAUCUUGAUGAUGCUUUGACGAUUUUGAGGUUUAUGGGCAUUCAAGAUGUUCAAGCACAGCGGAACCUUGGUAUCGUUGAGUAUCUCAUCGAAGCAUGCAGAAAGUACGUUGACAAACGAGACUGGGAGAGAACCAAGUCUCGAAAUACCAUGGUUGGAGGGCUUUUUGGCACACAGCAAUUCAGUCCUAUGGCAGACAAGGAAUCUGAAGCAUUACAAGCUAUGUCUGCGCAGCCUACCACAGAACAAACUUCGCAAUUACUUCCACCGUCGUCAACACUCUCAUCUGCGGCGACGAACGAUACAAUGCCAGACCAAAACUCAAGACCAGGUCAAUUACACAUCGAUAAUCUAACAUAUGCUGAACCGCCACCGAUAGAUCCACCAUCAUUUGAUGGCAUUCCACGAGUAAACUUCCUAGCGGAGCCAGACAUUUCGGAUGAUAUGGAGGUCUACUACGGCACAGAGGCGUUGCUGUCGCCGCAGACCUUGAUUUUUGACGUAUUAGGCGACGAUUUACCUCUUUUUACACCGACGACUAUGUCGUUGUAG